GCAGCAGCGUCGUUAUAAAUACAGCCCGGAAGACAUGGAUCAGUUUUGGUAAAGAAAACCAAGUGUACAUGUGUGUGUGAGAAACUGGCGCUGUGUUGGCUGAAGACGUAAAGGUAAGCCUCAGACUUUCCACAUGCUGGUGCACGCAGGUCGCUGCCACCCCGCUGUCAGGCAGUGAGUUUGUCCGAUUACAGCUCAAGGACGCCGGGGAGCUCCAGCAGGCUGCAGCGGUAACGAGCUAACGAGCUAACCGGCUAGCCCUAACAGAGGUUUAACUUCGAGAAAAGACAAAAAAAAAAACAAAACGCAGAUUUGUCAGUCUGGCUUUUUGCAAACAAUGUGCAUUGAAGGCGGGAAAUAGUUUUAUAGUUUGACGCGUUUGUGCCAGCAGAAGUUGUGCUGCUAGCUGUAGCUCGGUGCUGACGCUUUUUAAUAAACAACUCCAGUGUAAACGUUGACCCAGUUUGACCUAUGACCCGUCUGUGACCUAAUUAGGCUCUUACUUUACCUAACAGCAGUUUAUCUCGUGCUCUUUUAACACGGAGCCUCCCCACAGUAUGUGUGUGUUUUUAGGUUUAGGGCCGCAGGUGUGGAGAGGAACGAUCACCUGACUCAGUGUGAGAGCAGAAACUGAACAGGUGAGUCAGUCUGCACAGCACUGACUCCUCCACCUGGCAAUAUCUGCUCCACCCUUUGCUCUUUCCCAUGCAGUUAAUCAUCCGCAGCUCCUAAAGAUAGCCCAGCCAGUAGGGCGAUAACUUGUAGAUGAUGGAUUGAUAAGAUGUUCAUAUCUCCCCCCCUCCCUCCACAGAGAGAGUGCAGUGCUUGUCCAGAUCACAGAAACAAAGUCAGGUUUACAUGGGAGCACACUGACACAGGAAAGCCAGCCGGAGAUCACUACAAGUCAGCAUGUCUCACCGAGGGCCUUUAACUGCUGUCAUAACAACAGUAUUAGGGGCAACCUUAGGAGGGCUGCUCAUAUGGCAGGUUUACAGAACUAAAAGGAAGAGGCUGCCUUCCAUUCAGAAGGUAGUCGCUCCCGUGGAAGCUCCACGCGCUGUGGAAGAGGAGUUUGCAGACGUGGCGGCGUACGAGUACGCCCAACCGCCACAUCUUCCGGACAAAGAGUUUAAGGCUGUGGAGUGUCAGACCACUCAGCUGCCCCCUCCCGUGCAGAUACCGUCUUAUGAGCAGCUGCUGGGGGUGAAACCGGUAACGGUGAGCUCUGAAGAGGAAUGGCAGCAGCUGUGGCCACUGAUGCAAAAGGAGUUGUCAGUCUGCCCUGUGCUGGGGCUUGACUGUGAAUGGGUAAAGACCGACGCCGUGUCGGUGAAAGGCCGAGCCUCCUCCGUCUCCCUGCUACAGAUGGCCACAUACUCGGGUCUGUGUGUUCUGGUGAGGCUGCUGGCGUUUCGCGGCGGCCCACAGCCGUUCCCUCUCAGCCUAAUGGAAGUCCUCCGAGACCCCCACAUUUUGAAAGUUGGCGUCGGUUGCUAUGAAGAUGGCAAGCGUCUGACACGUGACUACGGUCUGUCGCUGUCGUGUACAGUCGACCUGCGCUACCUUGCCUUAAGACAAAGGCUAUCUACAGUGAAUAAUGGUCUGAGUCUGAAGUCUCUGGCAGCAGAUCUGUUGAAUGUAUCUCUAGAUAAAUCCCUGGAGCUGCGCUGCAGCGACUGGGAGGCAGAUCAACUGACGCUGGAGCAGAUGACUUACGCUGCCAGAGAUGCCCAAGUUUCCAUCGCACUCUUCCUCCAUCUCCUCGGCCUCCACUCUGAAGCCGGUCCCGCCUCUUCCAGCGGGAGCUCUUACUCUGAGUUGGCCGCCCGCUGCCAGGGCCUGGUGGACGUGCCCUUCAGGGGCCGAGGAGACGGAGAUGACAGGGCCGCUGACGGAGAGAGGAGGCGGAGGACGCGGAAACCGCCCACUUAUGAGAGCCCGGAGUCUGGAGAUCAGCAAGUCCCAGACCCUCGAAAGAAUAACAAGAGGAAACCGCUGGGUGUGGGCUAUUCUGCCAGGAAGUCUCCUCUCUAUGAUAACUGCUUCCUCCAUGCUCCAGAUAACCAGCCUCUGUGUACCUGCGACAAGAAGAAAGCCAAAUGGUACCUAGAUAAAGGAAUAGGAGUGCUGCAGAGUGAAGAUCCUUUCGUCGUGAGGUUGCUGUUUGAGCCGUCAGGACGUCCCGACUCCCAACAGGACUAUUAUCUCACUGCUAAGGAGAAUCUCUGUGUGGUCUGCGGUAAAGCAGAUUCCUACAUCAGGAAAAACAUUGUGCCACAUGAGUACAGACGGCAUUUUCCCACCGAGAUGAAGGAUCACAACUCCCACGACAUCCUGCUGCUCUGCACCAGCUGCCACGCCGCCUCCAACGUGCACGACGGCUUCCUGAAGCAGCAGCUGGCCGAAGAGUUCGCCGCCCCUCAGGGCUGCGAGGACGGGGUUCGCCUGCUGGAGGACUCGGACCGACGGCGGGUGCGAUCGGCGGCUCGGGCUCUGCUCACCGCCGGGGACGGACUGCCGGAGCAGCGCCGGGAGGAGCUGCAGGCUUUGAUCAAGAGCUUCCUCGACGUGAACGAGGAGAAGGAGCUGACGGACGAGGCGCUGCAGCAGGCUGCCGGGUUGGAGACGAGGAUUUUCAACGAGGCGUACGUGCCUCACGGCCUCAAGGUGGUGCGAGCUCACGCCGAGCAGGGCCUGCGGGGCCUGAUGGACCUGGAGCGUCACUGGAGGCAGCACUUCCUCACCACCAUGCAGCCUCGCCACCUUCCCCCCCUCUGGUCCGUCGACCACAACCACAGCAAGUUCCUCCGAAAAUACGGAGCCGACCUGCCGAUCAAACUCAACUGACUUUGAGUCUCCGCGAGGACCACAAGCAGCUACAGACCAGGACAGGAACCUGAAUGUUCUCAUCCGCCGGUCAGAGUGCCGGUUGGGUUUGAAACUUCCAUUCUGUCAACUUUACAAGCCAAAUAGCUUUGUUUUUUUUUUUUUGAACGGAUGAAUGAACUGAUCUACCAGCCGGGACCGAAACGUUACCACUCUGGCGUUAACGAGGCCGUGACGAGUGUGUGAGCGAACACACUCGAUCUGCGGUGGAUGACGUUGCACCCGAGUGCCAGUGAGAUGCUGCUGGGUUUCCACCUGGAUCCUGAAUGGACUAAAGGAAUUUGAGCAGAGACUCCGCUCGUGGAGAAGAUGUCUCCACAACGCCACUGUGGAUGUCACAUGAAUUGCAUAUGGCCACUUUUUUAUCAUCAAAUAUGUAUAAUUAUUUAUGAAAAAAGUUAAACUAAUGAACUUUAAGAACUGAUUUUUAGUAAAAGCUACAGCCUGCUCUUAAUUUACCCCUAAAUUUACCCCCCCGUCCCCCCUUGCAGGUUAGCAGCUUUUACCGCCAUCAGUCUGAGAAUAAGUGACUUGCUUUGCAGAGAGAGGAUCAUUUUAAUGACCUUUAAAUGAUGUGGCGCCCCCACCCUGCUUUUGUUUUCAGUCUAUUGUCUGUUUUAAGUCAAUAGAUGAAGGACGAUUUUCCUGGAAGCAUCUUGAAAUCAAAUUACCCUGUUCCCUUUUUGAGAAGAUUAGUUUGGUCUCAAGGUGCCUUUGGGCGUGAAUGUGUUACAUUUCAAGGGUUUUUUUUCUUUUUGCUGCAGGGGGAGACGAACACUAACCACCGUAAAGUUGGCCGGUUCAGUCGAUCAUUUCACAUCCCUGACGUUUAUGUCCUGCUGCUGCUUCCUCCGGACGGGUGGGACAACCUCCAUGGCUCAUGUUUUAAUGUGCCUCUUAAUCCCCCAAACCCCGCCCCGGAGUCCCAGCGUCAGGCCAUGACCUCGUUACAGUUUACAGAUGUUUCACUACGACGUCGUUUUUACAGAAUCCAAACUCCACAGUGAAGAGAAGUUGCCAACUUUAAUGUGAUUUUGACAAUAACCUUAAAGCUAAAAAAAAAAAAAAAAAAACCCUUUUGCAAGGCAUAUUUAUCUUUGAGUGUGAUGAAUUAAUUUACAAUACAGCUGCUUUGUCUUUAUUCGUAUUAUGUAUGUAAGCCCUGGAAGCUGUUUAGUUUUUUUUCCCUAAAUUGUGAAUGGAAAAAUAAAAAUCAUGUUUGUAUUAAA